AUGCUUAAUACGCUAUAUAUCUGGCGAAUAAGUGGCCAGGUGUAUAAAGGCGUUAUCAUGCAGAAAUCAAAUGCCGCUUUACUGAUUACCGCGUUGGAGGGACAGGCUCCGCGCCACUCCGCCAUUACAAACAAAAAGUAUAUAUGCCUUACAGUAACCUUCCCCUACCACCAACCCAUAUUAACGCCUAUACCAUUCAAGGUAGCGAAACACAUACUUAUCGUUGCCACUGCAUUGCUUCUAAAGGUAGUACUCACAGAGAAGCGCAUGGUAGAGUCCCACGAUAGACAAUUCUCUCGCAGAUCUCAAGAUAAAACAGGAUCAUUUUCUGGCAAUGCGAUAGCGUAUAAACAAAUAUCUUUGGCUAACUCUGCAGCCCCAAGCCUCAGCCUCAGCCUCAGCCUCAGCCUCAGCCCCAGCCCCAGCCUUAGAGGAUUCCGUAAAUAUCCUGGCCAAAGGACCUCAAUUUGGGGGUGCAAUGUGUGGCUGACGUUGAGGUGUUCAUUUGAAUGCGGCCUCGCUGACACUUCACGGGAACAGACUUUUCAGCGCCUUGCGGCUUUCCAAUAA